GAAUAUAAAUAAACCGGUGAAUUAUUUACAUAAAAUAAAAACCUUUAUUGUAAAUUAAAUUUAAAUAGUAAAAUGCGUUUUCCAUCUAACAAGACUUUGGCCAAAGUUGCUAUAUAUGUUAGUGUAGCGGGCAUAUCAAGUGUCAUGUAUAUGCGUUGGAAAAUCGAGGAACGUAUACGUAACACCGACUAUUUCCGAGCUGCUUUUCAAACACUGAGACAACAUAGAGGCGCCGUUAGUUUAUUAGGUGAACCCAUUAAAGAUAUGGGUUUUGACAUUGGUGAUCCACAGAACAGCUGUGAUGGUCAACAUGCUCAUUUCGAAGUUUCGGUAAAGGGCUCCAAAGAACGUGGUAAAAUGCUAUUUUCGGCCAUACGUAAUGAAGAAACGGGUUGGCUUGUGGACACCUUAGAAUUGGAAUUGAAAUCUCAACCGGAUAAAAGAUAUUUAAUUAAGACAAAUAAUAACCAGACACAGGCGUUAUUAAAUACUACAAAUGAGUAGAUAACAGUGUAAUUUUUAUUUAUUAAAUUUAUUUUAUUUAAUUAGGUGUUUUAAAAAAAUAAGAAUAAAUAUAAUUAUAUGUAAUAUAUCGCUGCCUAAAAA